AUGCUCUCCCCCAAUUGGUUCUAUGCCUUGCUCCCUGUCCUUGUGAAUAAGGGCGCGUGGGCGGUGGAUGCCUCGUGGCAUGCGCCCAGCUCCACCGAAAUUAAUGACCUUGACAAAGUCCUUAAUGCUUCUGGAGUUUAUGGCUUUAUUUUCAAUUCUUCGCAUACUCCAGACAAGGACUAUGGCCAGUACAAUUGGUGUAAUAUGCCGCAUGUGCGCCGACGAGAGUACACGAAGCCCCCCAAAGAUUAUGAAUUGCAAUACGUGGAAGUGAUUCACCGUCACCACAAGCGUACUCCUUACCAGUCAAACACGUUCCCCGAGGAAUCAUAUCCCUGGAAUUGUGACGACGAAGGUUUGUACUUCUACGGACAACCGAUGAAAGGCAAGCAAAGCGCCGAACCGUACUGGAAAGGAUACCAGAAUCCGGUGACCCCAUUCUCUGCCCCCGGUUUUAAGGGCACAUGCACGUUUCCGCAGAUUAGUAAAGGAGGGCUGGACGACUCGUGGCAGCAUGGUCACGACCUGUACACUGUGUACCAUGAUCUUUUGAAGUUUCUUCCCAGAAAGCUUGACUUGGAUAGAGUAUCUUUUCGGGUGACGACAAACGUCAUUACGAGCCAGGUUGCUGGAAUGCUAAUCAACGGGAUGUAUGGGAUAUCAGGCCAUGUGCCUCUCAACGUUGAGUCUGAAUCAAUUGACUCCCUUGAGCCUUCUUACUCAUGCCCUAAAGCCUCAGACCUUUUCUCCGAGGCCAAAAGCCAGCCAAACACUACGUGGGCUGAACAUCUCUCUCGGACCAAGGACCUCUUUUCCUCGCUGGAUUCCGUUUCGGGUGUUCCUCCUUCUGAUUCGGGUUGGCACCAGAGUUUUGAUCACUACUUUGACAAUUUAUCCGCACGUCUUUGUCAUGCGAAGCCUCUCCCUUGUUCCGUCAACGAUACGUCAAAAUGCAUCUCUCAAUCGCAAGCGGAUACGGUCUUCCGCCUGGGCCAGUUUGAAUAUUCCUAUAUCUAUCGUGAUGCACCCACCUCCCUGGCGGCUAGCACUGCCAGCAUGGGCGUCUGGAUUGCCGAGUUAGCACAACAUCUACGUGAUCAGAUCUCCGGACACGAUGGCAAGAUGGUUUAUAGACAUAAUAUUGCUCAUGACGGCAGCAUAUCGCGCGUUCUCUCCAUCAUGCAAAUCGACAAGAUGGUUUGGCCAGGAAUGGGGGCUGAAAUAGUAUUCGAACUGUACGCGAAAAGGACUGGCUUAAACAAGCCGAAAAAGGAGCAUUUUGUGCGCGUUCUGUUCGGUGGACGAGUAAUGCACAGUUCGAAUCCGGACUUGGGCAAGAUGGACAUGAUUCCUGUUUCCCAACUGCUGGAGUAUUUUGAUGGCCUAGUUGGGAAGAGGGCGAAUUUGGUUCCUGGCUUGUGCAAAAAAUAG